AUGUCUAAAUCCUUGAAAUCAUAUGGGGUUCCUUCCUCGAAUAGUGUUUCGACUGGGCUCACAAUGCCAACUAUUGAUGCAGUCAACUUUGAGAUUAAGCCAGCUCUAAUCUCCAUGGUCUCACAAAACCAAUAUGGUGGUCAUCCAUCUGAGGAACCCACCAACCAUCUGCAAAGGUUCAACCAACUAUGUGGCACUAUCAAGCAUAAAGGGGUCACUCAAGACCAAUUGAAAGUAAUGUUGUUUGGUUUUAGCCUUCGUGAUAAGGCUCAAACAUGGUUGAACGAUGUCAAGGAGACAGAGUGGAGUGCUAUUUCACAGGCCUUUCUGGAAGAAUUCUUUCCACCCACCAAGACGGCUGAAAUAAGGCACAAGUUGACUACAUUCACGCAAGAACCUGGAGAGUCACUUAGAGAAGCCUGGGAUAGAUUCAAGAACACGGUUGAUUUUGCUUCUGGGGGUGUUUUUCUUGACAAAGAAGUGGAUGCAGGUUAUGAUUUCCUUGCCAAUCUUGCUGCUAAUCAUUACAGCACCACCAGAACUACAUCUAAGAAGGGCAAGAUUGAUGUCGAUGCUUAUGCCCUAUUGUCAUCACAAGUGGCAGCCUUGAACCUGAAGAUCGAUUCUUUGAAGGCCCCUCAGUCUGGUACUCCCCCAAUGAGUAUCAAUGCUAUGUCUAGUGUAGCUCCAGUGACAACUUCUUACUGUGAAGUAUGUGGAAUCCAAGGUCACUUUGGUCAUGAGUGCUCUUAUAGUCUGCAGGAUACCACGCGAAUGGAGAAAGUAAAUGCUUUUCAACAGAGGCAACCUGAUGACCCAUAUUCCAACUCGUACAAUCCAGGUUGGAGGAAUCAUUCAAAUUUCUCAUAUCGGAGCAACAAUGCUCAAAAUCCUCAACCCCAGCAACAAUGGUCACAAUCAUAG